AUGGUCACUCAAGCCCUCACUGAUCGACCAACACGUGCUCUGGUCGACGACACACAGAAUCUGGUCAGUGGGACCGGUGAGGAUCAGGCUCGGUUGGCCAGCACAGCACACACCGCUGUGGAACGCGUAACACAACUCGCGGAUGUGGUCAAACGUGGCGCGGCGGUAAUCGGUCCCGGUCAACCGGACACACAGGUCGAACUGUUAAGUGCAUGUCGUGACGUGGCAACCGGGUUACGUAAUGUGUUCCAAUCUGCUAGUCGAUUGCCGGGUCGCACAGCCGACGACCCCGUCCGAGAUGAAGUCCGUACGAAUGCCCAACUGACCGUUUCCAGCAUUGGUGCUUUGCUACAAAAAGUGAAAUCGAUCGAGGAUGAUGAGCGUCGUGGUUUACAAGCCCUCACUCUGGCCGCCAAACAUUGUCGCGAUCAGGCCGCUCAGCUAGCCAGUGGCACAUAUGCCGGUGGGAGCACUACGGGGACCGAGGUCAACGCCACGGCCUCUAUUCUUACCCCUGUCAGCUCGCGCAAAUCUGCCCCGAGUGUGGCAAAUAUGUCCGCACUGAGCAAUACAUCCAGUUUGAUUGCUCGCUAUCUCGCCCCAGAUGAUUUGGCUCGUGCCGCUUCCGGACCCGUUCAAUCUGCCGUGUCGAAGGUGAUCCUGGCCAGUAAUACUCAAUCACAAGCAGAUGUUUUGGCCACUGCGGCAGCCACACGGGAUGUUGUCACCGAUUUGGUUGCAGCGACCAAGAGUCAUCCGGCAAUGAUUUCGCUGGUCGAGCAUUUGCCCGAACAGUACGAGCCAGCCCUCCUGCGUUAUUCCGAAGCCGCUCAAGAAACCCGAAACGCAUGUGCGGUCACAUCGAAAGAAUUGGGCGAGGAGUUUGCGGAAUUGCUAGAUGCAUUGAAGGCGACUCUGCUUCCGGAUUGCCGAGCGGCUGAUCGGGAACGAAUUCCAAACUCAACUCGACGGAUCGCCGAUCUGUCGCAUACGCUGUUGAAUUUGCUUGAUGGCUUACGCGGGCGGGAUGUUGCCGAGAAGUUCAUCGGACGUCAUGUUGCCUAUCAUCACCACUAUGUGCCCAAUUAUACAAUCGCUGGUCCAGGCUCUGUACAACGCAGUGUCUAUAUCCGUCCCACAUGCUACCCACUUCGGUUGCCUCACGACCCAACCGGUGUGAACGGGGCUGACGGGGCGUCGGAAGCGGAGGCGGAGUCACGAAUCCAGUUGGCGAUUCAACAACUGGACCAAGCUUUGUCAGGCUCGGACGAGAACCAAAAGAGUGGGGCUGCCUUACUGCGGGAAGCUCGUUCUGUCGCACAGGCAACGCAAAAUCUGAUUCAUACAGCCCGAUCAAUCGGUCUAGUUCCCGCCUCAGAAGCAGCUGAUCGAGCGCGUCACGCCCCGCGCAGCUCAGCUUCACUGUGGCGUACGGAAUUGACCGUGUCAUUGGCAACACAACACAUGUGUCAACUAUCACUGUUGUGUUCUGAAGCGUUACGUGAUGAACAAGCCCUGCACGGUACCGGUGACACCGACUUGAACGAGUUGUUUGGUACUUCGAUGCGACUGGUACCCUCUCGAGAGCGCCUUCUGGCUGCGGUGCGUAAAGUGGCUGCUGCUAGCGCCCAGCUGUUGAUGUGGGCAAAAGCACGGAAACUGUCGUAUGCCACGACUGAUAUCAGGAAAUUGCAAGCUGCGGGUCAAGCCGUCAAAGAGACCACGGAUAGAUUGUCAAUGGCUGUACAACAGGGCGACCUGAACAUCAAUCCCGAGGAACUGUAUCGAUCCGCUCAUAUGACAUCUUCACUUCAGGGUGUGAUUGAUACACAAGCCCAAAUCCGCACUCAACGCUCGGAGCUGGAUGCUCUGGAACGCCAACUGGCUCAUUUAGAUUUGGAACAGCGACGGGCUCAUCCCGCUUUGUUCGAUGGCGAAACGUCUUGA